AAUGAUAAUUUGCUUCUCAUGUCUUGCAAGAAAAGUGUCCCCUCUGAUGUCCAGCAAUACCCCCGGUAGGUCUACGUUCGUUCAUUAAUGCAUUGCAUUGGCGUUGUUAUUUUUUUUACUACAUUUUUCUAUUUAUGUUUAUGCCAACUUUCGUUCAUAACUCCGAUUUCCUGGGACACUUUCGUUGGUACACAUUGCUUAGAUAUCACGCACUACACAAAUCUGUUAUUCAUAUAUCCGAGUCGCCCUGUUCGUAUCUCAGAAGCACUCUCUAAGCGAGCACCUAAUCUCUGCACACCUUGCAUUACCCAUGCUAUACUGUGUAUGGACACAGUACACCCCUCUCAGCGCGUCGAUCCCCAAUCGACAAUGAUCAACAAAAACAAGCCGUGCCAGGAAUUUCAACCGCCACGCCCCAGCAACAGCGUAUGCGCACCACAUUAGUCAAGGAAUGCGAACCGCACGUUCUAGAAUAUAGUAGAUCCAUCGGAGCUGAGAAGCACCUCAUACGAGGAAUUCCCUCGCGGACGAUCAAUGUGUUGAUCGAUAUAAAAAUAUAUAUAUGUACAAGGGGAGUG